AUAUAAAGUGACGGCCAUAUUUGCCGGUGCUGCUGCUGUAAACAACAAAAAGUGUCUGCGAGAGACAGAGACGCUUCACUGAAUUUCAGGACAUUUUUAUUUCUUUAAUUUAUAAUGUCUCUGGGAAUGUCUUACAAACCCAGCCUCCACGCACACAUUCCUGGGACCUCCGUGAACCAGGUUGGAAAUGUGCAUUCUCCUUCCACAAGCUUAGCAGCAUCCGCAGUGUCUUACAGGCCCCUAGUGAAUGACUAUGGGCCGCCAUCGUUAGGGUUUCCACAGGGGAGCAGUGGUAAUCAAGUGCCUCAAAGCAAAUAUGCAGAACUUCUAUCUAUUAUUGAAGAACUAGGGAAAGAAAUUAGACCAACAUACGCUGGAAGCAAAAGUGCCAUGGAGAGACUAAAACGAGGUAUCAUUCAUGCUAGAGGACUGGUACGGGAAUGCCUGGCUGAAACCGAGAGGAAUGCAAGAUCCUAGCUGCUGGAUUUAAACAUUUCAACUCUGUUUAAAACUGACAAAAACAGCAUCAUUUUGAAAUCCUACCUUCUAACCAUUGUCGUUCAGGAAAGCUAAACUAUUGUCCUUAAAACAAAUUUGACUGCUGGCCUGAGGAAUUGACAAAAAAAUAAAACAAAGUUAAAGACCAGUAUAUCAAACUAUACUUGACAGGAAUUUGCAUACCUUAAUAAUACUUUUUUUUCCAUUUGGGAACCUAUCAUCUUUUUUUGACUGCAUAGAAACAGAAACUAAUGACUGCAUGCUUGGUAGCCAGUGCUCCUAAUUCAUAAGAAACAAAGAACUGCAUGGCUUGAACUGGUUUAGACUGUAGUAGGGGCAUUUAAUGACAGAGAACUAGUCCGAAGAGUUCAGAUUUUUAACACACUUAGGAGGCAGAGUAAUGAAUAGUGCCAAAAACACCACAUACUGGGUUUGGAUAAACUAUUGUAAUAAAGCCAUUAUUUGCAUCUUUGUAUGUAUUUAUUACUCAGUGUAAUAAAACUUAUUUUCAUUAA